AUGCAAGAACCGCUGACAUGGACUGCAAGAAAAGUGCUUGCUUUCAUGCUUCCUGUGAACACCUCUGCUCGUCCACGAUCAACACUGGAUGAGAUCAAACCAUCACAGCCAACUGACUCUCGCACUUGGCGCAAUCGAGAUGAUGCAAGGCGGACAUUGCGCGGCCAUGAUACGCACAUCGAAUUCGAAGCUCGCUACUUGCCACUACUGCAUCGACCGAGCAGCGAUGCAGAGGCGCAGCAGCUGUAUAACCACAUUCGUACGGUCGCAUGGUAUCUCGACUCAAUUCCGCUUCUCAGCUCCCGACUACCCUUCAACAUAGGUGUCGAGUCGAUUGUUGGCGUCAUACCAGGUGUCGGCGACUAUAUAGGCCUCGUGUUGGGCCUAUAUCAGGUUAUGCUAUGUUCUCUGUACGGCUUACCGCUUUCAGUUCUGCUCUGGAUGCUGUUCAACGUCCUCGUUGACUGUGCCAUCGGUAUUGUGCCCAUCAUCGGAGAUGCGCUCGAUGUCCUCUUCAAGGCUAACCUGAGGAAUUUGCGCUUGCUCGAGGACUAUCUGCAUCGUUCAGGGGGCAAAUGUGGAUCUGGCAUCUUUUACGUCGAGUUCGCACCGAGUGACACGUUUUUGCCACUACACCAAGCUUCUCGUCGGCGUCCUUCCUCGACUCAGCAGCCUCCUGCGGCUUUCGUCGAAUCGAGCAGAAUCCCGCAGAGACCAAGACCAACCGACAACGCAAGAGCUCACUUUUUGAGCUUGCCAUCCUCUGUCGCUGAACUGCAAAGCUCCCCUGUUGCUGGCUCUUCGCGUCGAGAUGCACCGAAUAGUUACAAGGCUCAAGCGAUCCAGCCAGAGACAGAUGAGAACACCCGACACGAGACAUCUGCAAUACAAACUGAUCGGCCGAUCGAAGUCGAGCCGUUCGCUAUCCCAGAUGAGCUGAGCAGCAGCGAUCUAGCCGUACCACAAAGCAAGGCGAGCGGACGCGAUGCCGAUUCAAAGUCAUUACGAGCACUUGACCGCCAACUGUCGGCAGAUGACAUGACUCAACAGCACCACUGUUUCGCUGCCGCCUCGUCUGCUUCAAGCGAAGCCAGACCGUUCGAAACAGACACAGAAGUCAGUGCAACAGGGACCGAGCGAGCUGCGCGACUCGAAGAAGAGCGACCGCGCGUCUCAUGGCAAGACUCGACGAGGACGAGCACAUCGCUAUUGACAAAGCCGGCCUCCAAACGGCCGCCCUAUUACAAUGGCGAUGCUGAAGAAGACUUUGACGACGAUUUCGAGAAUCAGCGGCUGCUCAAGGGUACAUCCACGGAGAGAGGCCGAGAAAUGGAGGAUCCGCGUGCGCUGUGGCGUAGGCGUCGCGGGUUGUACCUGCUGGUGUACUCGGCCAUCUUUUGUGUGGCUUAUGUGAGCUCACUCGAUUCGAACACGGGCUAUUUGUACCUCAACUUUGCUUGCAGCGAGUAUGGCGCACUGGCAUCGUUCAGUACGGUUGCGAUCGUGCAGCAAAUGGUGUUUGCCAUCGCCAAGCCGCCGAUCGCUAAGCUUUCAGACGUGGUAGGACGUCCUCAGGCAUACGUGCUGUCGCUCGUCUUUUACGUCUGCGGCUAUAUUGUGGUGGCGACGACGGCCUCGCUACGGUCGCUGAUCGGUGGGAUUUGCUUGCAGUCGGCAGGAACCACGGGAAUCCAGGUGCUACAAUCGAUCAUCAUCGCUGACACGACAACGGCGAAAUGGCGUGGAUUGGUGAUCGGCAUUGUCAACCUGCCGUUCCUGAUCAAUUUUGCCGUGGCGGGACCUAUGGUGGAUUUGGUCAUGCGUCACGGUGGCUGGCGAUUUGGAUUUGCGAUUUGGACGGUGGUGAUGCCGUUGGCUGCAACGCCGUUGCUACUGACGCUUUUGGUGGGUCAGCGUCGCGCUCGACGAGCGGGUCUUGCGACGAGAAGCACGCUGACGGACAAGCCGUGGCGACAGGCAUUGUGGCAGCUGGCAAGAGAGCUUGACUUGGUCGGUCUUUUGCUAUUUACGGGAGGAUGGUUGCUGAUCUUGCUACCGCUUACGCUGGCGGGCCACGGUGAGCGCCAGGCGCAGGUGCCUAUGGCGACGUUUGUUUUGGGUGGCGCAGGCCUGCUGGUGGUGUUUGGGUGGUGGGAGACGCGGGCAUCGGUGCCCAUCUUGCCGUAUCAAUUCCUCACCAACAGCGCGGUGGUGUGCACCUGCGUAGUCGGAGUGCUCGACUUUGCCUCGUUCUACAUCUCGUGGACGUUUCUGUCGAGCUUUGUGCAAAUCCUGAAAGGGUGGGAUCAGACCAAGACGGGCUACUUUGCGACAACGCAAAACGUCACAUCGACCAUCACAGGAAUCAUUGUAGGGUCGCUGAUGGCAAUGACGCGGAGGUACAAGGCGUUGCUGGUGAUCGGAUUGGUGACGAGGCUGCUGGGAGUGUCGCUGAUGGUGCGCUACAGGACAGCAGACGAUCCGACAUUCAUGCUGGUACUGUGCCAGCUACUGCAAGGCAUCGGCGGUGGAUCGAUUGCUAUCACAAUGCAGGUGGCGGUGCAGGUGACCGUGCGUCACGCCGAUGUGGCGAUUGUGACAGCGUUGGAGCUGCUGACAACCGAGAUAGGAGCCGCAAUGGGAUCUGCAACGGCGGGAUGGAUGUUUCAGACCUACCUUCCGACUAAGUUACAAGCCAAUUUGCCCCACAUGGAUGCCGAAGAACUCAAGCUGGUUUAUGGCAGCUUGCAAAAGGCGCUCAGUUAUCCGAUCGGAUCGGCGGAACGGAAUGGCAUCAUCCGGUCGUGGGUCGAAGUGAUGCGAAUGCUCAGCAUUGUUGCAUUGAUCACGUUGGUGCCCGCCUUGUUCUUUGGACUGGCGAUCCCCGACACUGCAUUGCCCGACGUACAUGGCGCGCCUGGCCAUAGCAGUCACCAUCACCAUCAUCACGGCUCGCGUCGAGGAGAUCGACGCAACUUGCGAAGACGCCCUUCGUUCUUGUCUGCAAGCAGGCCAGCCUCGCCCCUCGAAAUACGGGCAGGAUAUCCGGACACCACGCUGGGCGAGGCACUUGACGUGGCCGCCAACGAAGACAAUACCAAUGCAGGCUUUCUUGUAGCCACCGGGUCCAAGCGAAGUCGCUCCGCCUCGAGAAACCGAGGUAGCGAGCGCGAAUCAAGGGACGUGUCGAGUGCUGGACGCAAAAAGCGCAUAACACGCAAAGCCGUUUUACGCUGA